AAUUUGAAUUAAGCGCAUUUUAUUUUUCAAUUUUGUGUGAACGAUUUUUUCUUGCUGAAUUUUGUCUAUGAGUUUAAUUUAUUAAAAGUAUUAUAAAUGGAUUUUGAUGAAGCUAAGGAAAAUAUACAGCCAUUGGCUCAGGGAAGAAAUGCAAGUAUUUUACAUGCAUCCUUAAGAGUAGAAUCAUCCCAAGAGUUGCAGGUCCAGCGAAAAGAAUUAGAAAAAGAAAUACACAAUUACAGUGGUGAUGAUCCGUUGUCUGUUUGGUAUAACUAUAUAGAAUGGAUAGAACAAAGUUUCCCCUCGGGUGGCAAAGAAUCAGGUUUGCAAGAAGUUUUAUCAAAAUGCUUGUCUAAAUUUGAAAGUGAUGAAAAGUAUAACCAAGAUCGCCGAAUGAUUAAACUUUAUAUAAAGUUUAUCGAUAGUCACAAGGAUCCGGCAGAAUGCUAUCAACAGUUGUUUAAUGCUGGUAUUGGUACAAUGGUAGCUGAUUUGUAUAUUGCUUGGGCAUACUGUUACGACUUAGUGGGCAAUACACGUAAGGCAGAUGAGGUAUUUCGACGAGGCAUUGCUUGUCGUGCUCAGCCACUAGACGAAUUGCAAGAAGCCCAUCAACACUUUGGAUUUUCAGUAGCCCAACGCCUAAUGUAUAAGGAUGAUGACACCGUUAAAGAGGAAACAAAUCGUCAAUUGUAUGAGAGACGUCUAGCCUUAACAUCGCUAAGGGGUCAUCGUCGCAAACAACUGGUUGGUAGCAUAAGAACUGGUUCGGCGGUAAAAAGUGCUAUGCCUGGAACAGUUAAGAUUGAUCAGCCUUCAACAUCAUCUCAAAGAGGUAAUGCUCGAGUUCAAGUUUUUAAGGAUGAAAAUGAGAACCCAAAUGUCAUAACAACCGCCACAUUAGACCCACCUGCAGAGGAGAUAUCUGUUGUGCGUUCCAUUAUAGAUGCUGCGCGAAAUCAAGAAAAUGAAAAAGAACCUGGACCUUGGAAUAAGGCUCAUAAUCGCAAGAAAGGCAAACUUUUUGGCAAGACAACAAUUACAAAUGAAUUGGGCUUCGAUAUCCAUGAGGACGACCAUGAUGAUGAGGAUUAUAAAAAACCAUGCGUUCCUCCCAUACCCAUUACCGAGAGUGAAAUUAAAUUUGGAAAACCAUUUAUUUAUCCUACAAACUUUUGUGCGAAAUCGAACCCGAUUAAAGGAUGGGCGACCCCAGUCACCACAGAAGAAAUGCCGGAUAAAAAUACUAUACCACAAUAUAAUAAAUGCAAAUUGUAUCCAAGGCCGAAUAUGGAAUUCCAAUUAGAGGAACUCAAGGCGUACUACAUACUAAAAAAAAGGACCACUACAAAUAAAUUCACAAACGAACGUGAUGUAUAUUGGGGCUGUGGGCCGAAUUAUAACAUACGUUUGUAUCCACACUUUGCCAAACAAUCGAAACCUCGAAAAAAAGAUGCAAUGGAUGAACCGUACAUACCGGACAAUUUACCUGGUCUAAAAGUGUCCUAUGAUGAAAUUUACAAUAAAGAAGAGAAGGUUGAACGACAAUAUGAGGAAAUUUUAGCUUUGGGUAUUAAACGUAACGAAACGAUUAUAAAAACUACCGAUAUGGAGGAGACCAUGUGUACAACAAGUGAAAAAGUACAACGUCGUAAAAGUUUCUUUCCACUACGAAAAUCAUUGGCCACAUCGGCUUUCCGAGCGCCAAAUAGAAUGUCGGUAAUGCCGGAACAUAGCGAGACAGAUGAAAAAACAACAACAAAUGAAUCGUUGUCCAUUCCUUCAGUCAGCUUGAUUGGAGAUGGUAUAAAAACUGUACCAGCUGAAAAAUCGGCUAAUAAUAAGGAAAUUCCCAUUAUGCCCAAAAUAGAUGAACAAGCUGAAAAACCAGCAAGAAUUGAAGAGAAAACUCCCUCGAUAACGAUUACAAAACAAAGUGAAACACCAUUAAUAUCAAGUGUAAACAAAGAAGAAGUAGCUAAUGAACCUGUUGUUACUUCUAAACCGUUUGAAAUAUUUAAAGAUGAUAGCGUGGUAGAAGUUAUAAACAACAAAUCUCCCACUUUACAAGGUAAGACAAUUGUGCCGGCCGAAGAUGAUUUUAAGUUUAAAACACCAGCAUUGCCUUUGGCUAAUUCUACAACGGUGGCUACGACAACGAACAAAAAAUUACAAUUUGAAAUAUUUGACGAUGAAAAUUUGCUAAAAAAUAGUCCCAAAUCUAUGCCAAAACCAGAUUUUAGCUGUGGUACUGGUGGCUUUUUUGAUCCUGAAGAAACAUGCUCUACGCAAACAUUCAAUAUAUUCCUAAAAGCCCAAAGUGUAAGCACUCCAAAGGCGAUUACAAAAUCCCAACCCCAAAGACAAUUUGGAAACAUUCUGAAGGAAGUAACUACGCCGAUGGUGUCGGAACCAAAAGAUGAUGCUACACCUGCUGAAAAUCAGAACUAUACAGCAGCUGGUGCACCACCUGCAGUUUAUUCUCCACCUCGACAACAAUUGUCAACUAUUUUAGAAACUUCAGAGCAUGGUACUACUCAAGGUACUCAUACUACGGGUGCUACCACAAAAUCGACUCUUAGUUCACCCGAAUUCGAUAUAGAUUCGCAAAUCCAAUCAACUAAUAUUAUCAAUCAGCCGCAAAUUGCUUUAGAAACAGUUAAAGAGUUAAGCUCUGAAACUUCUAAUGUAAUUUCACCCACCCAAAGUGUGGACCAAAUGAUGACUAGCUUAAAAAUUCAAAAUGUUACCGAUAUUAACAGUACAAGGCCACAGAGUGAAAAUCAGGCAACACCAGGGCCCACAAGAUUACAAAAGAAAUAUUCAUACGCAGGCGGUGGCUUAGACUUUUCAAUUUUUGAAGACACCACCGACAAAAAUCAAAAGCAGGUAGGCAAUUUCUCACGUUUGGAAGAAAAGGAAGAUACUGCAGCUGGUUGUGUAUUUAAAACAUUGCCUCCUAUACGUUUUCAAGACGAUAAAACAGAGACCAUACCUAAAAUGCUAUUGACAGCCCAACAAGUUAAGUUUCAAGAUGAUAAAACAGAAACCAUCUCGAAAAUGUUGUUCGCCCCACCACCACAUAUACAAUUUCAAGAUGAUAAAACGGAAACUAUAUCAAAAAUGUUGCUAGGUCCACCCCAGCCUAUUAAAUUUCCAGAAGAUAAAACAGAAACUAUAUCGAAAUUUAUGUUAGCACCACCAGAACCAAUUAAAUUUGAGGAUGAGAAAAUCGAACAUAAACAGAUAAACAUAGAAAAAAAUCAGCCAGAGCCUAUGAACCAAGAUGAUUCUUUUGAAUUUUUUGGUCACACUCCUCCUAAAGCAGCGAAGCAUUUAGUUUCCAAACAAAUAUCGCAUGUACGAACUGCAGCCGAUAACCGCACCCCAUUAACAUUUGACUCAAAACGCUUUUGCGACAAAGAUACACCUGUUAUGCAAAAAACGAAAUCCCACUCAAAUCCCACUGUACUUUUCGAGGAUGAAACACCACCUCACAUGAAAUCAUUGAACAAACCCACCACCACUAACAAGAAUAAUCUAAAAGAUUCAUUUUUGCCGGAUUUCUCAUUAAUAGAGGAUAGUCAGCCACAAACGAACAAAGUGAAACAACCUCCUAAAAGCAAAUCAGUGUUUAGAGAUUCUUUCAUUCCAGAUUUUUCAUUAAUAGAAGAUUCUCAGCCCCAAGCCAAAGAAAUGGCUACAAUCCAACAUAAAACAAUAAAUGAAUCUAUUUUACCAGAAUUUUCUUUAAUUGAAAAUACACAACCUAAGCAGGGCAAAUCAACGCAGGCCCAUUCUCGAAAUGCACCAUAUUUAUCCGAUUUUUCUCAUGUGCCCGAAACACAACCAAACGAUUCCAUAAUUAUAUCAUCGCAACCCAUAGAACCGAGAUUUUUAAAACAAACUUCUAUGAAAUCUUCUUUGCAGUCAUCAUUUCAAAAGGAUUUUUCCAAAACGAACAUGGUUGAAAACAAAGUUGACGAAAAUAUUCACUGGAAACAAACACCCAAACCCAAGAGUGUUGCGAACAGAACACAGGAUGGCACCACGUUAAAAAACAUACUCAUGGAUACAUUUAUGAAGGAUUUUUCAGAAAUUAAUGAACCACCUCCCAUACCUAAUGAUAUUAAGGAAAUAACAAUGGUGCAACCCAGUAAAAACAAUUCGUCGUUAAGAUUUCUUAACGAGUCUGUAAAACACAAAGUGGAAAAUCCUAAAAAUCUCAAUGAAAGUAAUUCCAAAUUUGCAAAUAUAUCCACUAAUAGUAAGGAAACAAAAUUAAGUUUCUUAGCACCAGCUCCUCCUCCUCCUACAGAAAAGAAACGUUCAUACGGUAGCGAUGAUGAUAAAUAUUUCGAACUUAAUUGUGAAACGGAAAUGUUUGGUACUAAUAUGAGUAUGAUAAAAAAUUCCACUUGGCUGCCAAAUCAUGGGCCCUCCUUUUCCAAGGGAAAUGCUAAACAGUUUCCACAAAUAAAAGAACAAUCAAUACAUAUUAAAGCUGAAGAGAUUUCCUCAAAUGCUUCAACAUCAUCUUCGACUUUAAGAGCUCAACCAGAACAACCAGUGUACAAUAGAUCAGAAAACUCGAGAAAAUCUAAACUAAGCUUCAUGGAAAAAUCUCUUAGUAAAAACGAUUUUAGCAUUGAUAUUAGUACCUCUGAGUUGGCCGCCAUCAAUGCUAAAAAAGUACUAAAACAUGCAGACAAAACCCCAGUUGUCAUUCUGGAAUCACCCGAACAACUUGCUAAUGAUGAUGAUGACGACUGUGAAAUGAGUAUUUACUAUAAACACACACCUAAAACACCCAAACCCCAGCUACAUGUUUGGGAUGAUGCUGAUAGUUAUAAAACCCCCGCCCACAAUCAUUAUGUUCACGCCGAACCUGAUCUAAAUCAAACACAUCAAACCAUUGAGAACAUAUGUAUUGAUCCAAAUGUGAAUCCAUUUAAUGUUGACUUGAUUAACGCCUUCUUAGAGCAACACUAUGUUAUCAGUUAUUUGGAAAGUCUGCCGACGUGCAAGCUGGUUGGUUGUAUUCAACGUUUAAAACAACACGCAACAUUCGACAUAAACGGUGUCCAUUUUGAUGUUCUAAAACUGAUUGGGGAGGGUGCUUAUGGUGCAGUAUUUUGUGGAAAAGAAACUAGCUCUGGUAAACUGGUGGCAAUGAAACAGGAAAAACCACCAAAUUAUUGGGAAUAUUAUAUAUGCUUAGAAAUACAAGAACGCAUACGAACUGAUGAAAUGCUGCCGGCAUAUAUGAGUGUUGAUUAUGCACUAAUUGGUAACAACUCCAGCAUACUUAUAUCGAAUUUUUCCUCCUUUGGUUCUCUAAUAACUGUGUGCAAUAAAAUUAAAAAGCACACUAUGAAAAAUGUCGAUGAGUAUGUGGUAAUGUUGUUGGCUAGUGAAUUACUCGAAAUAAUGGAUCAUUUGCAUGCUGUUAAUAUAAUUCAUGCCGAUGUAAAGGCUGAUAACUUUUUGCUUAUGAACAAAUUAACGUAUCCUCCAGCCCAACGCUGUUUGCAGCUAAUAGAUUUUGGUGUAUCGAUAGAUUUGAAACUUUUUAAACAGGGACAAACGUUUAACUUUGUACACAAUGACAAUUCAUUCAAGUGUCCCGAAAUGCGUGAAGAACGCCCCUGGACUUAUCAAUUGGAUUUGUAUGGAUUAGCUGGUGUUUUGCAUGUGUUGCUAUUCGGCAAGUACAUGGAUAUUGAGAAGAAGGCACGAGGCUUUUGGAUGCAUAAAACACAUGUACCACGUUACAUAAACAAAAAUUUAUGGGAUGAAGUUUUCAAAACCUUACUUAAUAUUCGUGAUUGUAAUUCCAUGCCUAAUUUACAAGACUUGCGGGCAUUAUUAAAGAAAGAAAUGGAAGAGAAAGAUAAAUAUGUGUUAAAAAUGGUCAAUGAAUUCAAUCGGGCCCUUUCUAAUUAACAAUUUCUGUAUUAUUUUUUUAACAUGAAACAUUCAAUAAAUAUUAUUUUAGUUAGUAUGUAUGUAAUUAUGUAUAAGUUUUGAUUUGUAUUUUAUAACAUUAAUUUAUUUAAUAAAAAUACAAUACAUUUAUAUUCAUAAAA